CGUUCAUCCAUCAACUAGAUAAUUAUGGCUACCAACAAAUCUUUCGCCGCAGAAACCGGCGGCUUGGAAAUCGCCAAAGCCUACUCAUCCCAAAUUAUUGGCAAAACAGUUCUCAUCACUGGCGUCUCCCCUGGAGGUAUUGGCGAGGCUACUGCUCGCGCAUUUGCCCACGGAGGUGCAUCUAUCAUCAUCGCAACUGGUCGCAGCAAAACCCGAGUCGAAAGCCUGACCAAAGAGAUCUCCGCGGAUUACCCAUCUACAAAGUUCGUCAAUGUCGUUCUCGAUCUCGCGUCCCUCAAAGACGUCCAGCGCGCCGCCAACGAAAUCCUCAAUGAUAGAUCCAUCGAGAAAAUCGAUAUCCUUGUCAACAACGCUGGCAGCCAAUUCGGGAAUGCCGAGCGUGAACUCACCGUCGACGGCAUUGAGACGCAUCUCGCGGCCAACUACCUGGGCCACUUUCUCUUCACCAAGCUGCUCCUCCCACGACUGCUUGCCGCCGCCAAGGUAAACCCUCCUGGCGCGACCCGCAUCAUCCCUGUGGGUAGUGAGGCCGCGCAAUUCAGCCCCUUCCGCUUCAGCAACUGGAACUUUGACCCGGACAAGGAACUCGCCGCCGACGAGAAGCCCAACUGGGACCUCAUUACUAACAUGACCGGAGUUCCCGAAACGACCAACUUCGAUGCCUUCGUUGCGUACGGGCAGAGCAAGACCGCCGCUCCGCUUUUCGCGGUCCAUCUCAACACAUUGUUCGCCAAGGAGGGUAUCUUUGCGUUCGCGCUUCAUCCGGGAGGGGUGAGAAGUACAGCGGCGUUAGCGAUAAUAGAGGCUGUGCCAGCAUAUGACAAGUUAUUUACGAAGACUAUUGAUCAAGGGAGUUCGACAAUUUUGAUGGCAGCUGCAGAUCCUGGAUUGAAUCCUGAAAAAGGGGUGUGGUUGGAGGAUAACCAGCUUGCGGAGCCGGUUACGUGGGCAGUGGAUAAGGAGAAGGCUGAGAGGCUGUGGAAGUUGUCUGAGAAGAUUAUCACUGAGAAAUUGGAGAAUUAAGUUCACAGGAGU